UGACAACGGACCAAUUAGAGUGGAAGGAGGGGAGCCACGGGAACGGUUUCCGUUUUGAAAUUCAAACGGCCGCGACUCUGCGAAUGUUUCUACUUUUCAGGUUUCCAUCAUGGUGGGUAAGAAAACAAGAAGGAAGAUCGUGAGGACCACUAUUGCGAUAAAAAAACAAAUAAUUGAAAAAUAUGAGGGAGGUCGUCGCAUAGCUGAUCUCGUGCUCGAAUACAAAAUGCCCAAAUCGACCAUCUACACAAUUUUGGUGAAUAAAGAAAGGAUUAAAGCGGCAGAUGUCGCAACGGGCAUAAAAUCGAUCAGAUCGAGCCGAAGAUCUGAGGUGAUCGAGAAAGUAGAAAAACUGCUCGUAACGUGGAUCAAGCAGAAACGGUCAGAAGGUGUAUCUGCGACGCAGGCGACAAUUUGCGAGCAGGCGCGAGCUUUUUAUGACGAACUCGUAAAAGAGGCCCCUGGAACGAGUCAUGAUUCUAUUCGUGAGCCUUUCAAAGCCAGUCGGGGCUGGUUUGAGAAGUUUAAAUGGCGAAGUGGGGAGGCGAGUUCAACUUCCGGUCUAUCAUCAGGUCCCUUCUCCAACAGAAUGAAUGAAGAGAUGGCUCGCGCCAGCAACACCGAGAGCAGGGCCGAGCAGCCGGCGCAGAAACUGCGGAAAGUUCACGUGGACCCUGGUAAAAGGAAGCAGACAGUCAGCAUGGUUGGGACACCCCAGCAUCCAGCAGCUGCGUCUCAACAGGAUGCAACCCUAAUGUCUGUGUUGGGGGAGCAAGGCUGCAGUAGCAGCAGUCUCUCUAGCGCCCCCGCUGGCUCGGUGGUGCAGGUGUCUUUUCCCAGCGUACGCACGGCUGUGCUGGAAAGUCUGAACCGGCAGCGUGAGGAGGGACAGCUGUGCGACCUGUCCAUCCAGGUGCAGGGCCAGGUUUUCCGGGCACACAAAUGUGUGCUGGCUGCUUCGUCACCCUACUUUCAUGACCAGGUGCUGCUGAAGAACAUGUCUACUGUAUCCAUCCCAGCCGUCAUGGACCCCCUGGCCUUUGAGAGUGUUCUAAGCUGUGCCUACACUGGUCAGCUGCGCAUGCUACGAGAGGACAUUGUCAACUACCUCACCGUGGGGAGUGUGCUGCAAAUGUGGCACAUCGUAGACAAGUGCACCGAGCUCCUUAAGGAGGGACGGGGAGGGACUACUGGAACACACGGUGGAGGUGCUCAGGGCCAUCCUGGGUGCAGCAGCAGCAGCGGGCGAGAGCCGGGGGCAGGAGCCCAAUCCGGUGAAGCCCACGCUGAAGUCCUGCCCCCCAGCUGCCCUGCUCUGAAGGAGAGCCCAUCCCCCAGCAGCACCAACUAUUUCAGCCUGAGAGAGGACUAUGACCAAGGUGAAUUCCUGGGGAAGGUAGAAGGGAUGACAUUUGAUGAUCAGAAGUUCCAGGUUGUCUGUGCAGGAGCGAGUGAGUGUAGCAAUGCUUGUACUGUCACACCAGCUGCUGUUCACCAUUAAACAUACCCCACCUC